CCAGCUGACUGACUUCUGCUUUGGGUGCAGGAGAAGGGAAGCGAGGAGAGAGGAGGCGAGGAAGGAGGGGUUAAGGAAAAGUUUGUUUGACUGCCUCAAAAGCAAUGGACGAAGCGCAUUAAGUCAUUUAGCUCGCCGGGCUUUACAUGCGGAGGGACCGUGGUAAUUAAUAAACAUGCACAGCAUGAUAGUUCGCUGAUAAUCACUCUCAACCACGAUGGCAGAGGGAAAUCAGACAGUUGUGUACUUGUCUGAGCAGGUGGUCGUCUUGUGCUCGUGCGCGCUGUCGUUCGUGGGCUCCUCGCUGAUCAUCCUCACCUACAUUAUGUGGUCGGACUUGAGGACGACUCCGAGGAGACUGCUGGUCUACCUGUCGGUGGCGGACUGGCUGUCCGCCGUCUCCUACGCCUUCGGAGUCUGGAGGGUUUUCCGCUCCGACUCGCAGGGCUGCGUGGCUCAAGGGGCCAUAUCCACUUUCGCCAACACCAGCUCUUUCUUCUGGACCGUGGCCAUUGCUGUCUACUUGUACGUGUUCAUCGUGAGGUCCAGCCAGAGAGUCGCGGACAGCUUGGUGUUGUUGUUCCACCUCGUCAGCUGGGGUGUCCCUCUGGCCAUCACUGUUGCAGCCGUGUCCCUGAACAAAAUUGGCUAUGACGCAUCAGAGGUGUCGGUGGGCUGGUGCUGGGUCAGAAUCCACGCUCCAGACCGGGUCCUGUGGAUGCUGCUGACUGGAAAGAUCUGGGAGUUCUUGGCUUACCUCACCCUGCCUGUCCUCUACAUCCUCAUCAAGAGGCACAUCCACAUAGCGCAUGCUGCUCUGUCUGAGUACCGUCCCAUCUUGGCCAACAGGCCUCCGUCCCAUUCCUUCUCCUCCAUGGCUGAUAUGAAGCUAACACUCAUUCCCGUCAUCUUCAUCGUCCUGCGCAUUUGGAGCACAGUGCGCUUCAUACUGCUGCUGGCCGGCUCCCCAGCCAGACUGAACCCAGUGCUGGUCACCUUACAUGGAAUUGGCAACACCUCGCAGGGAGCAGCCAACUGCAUCAUGUUCGUGUUGCUUACUCGGCCAAUCCGCACGCGCCUCUGCGCCGCGCUUUGCUGCUGCUCCAAGUAUCGAGCAGGCGAGCAGCCCUCGCAUGGCGCCCCUCAGCGGCUGCUGCCUGGACAGGACACCUCCACACAGAGGGAAGAGGACAGCACCAGUCGGGUCAGGACUGAUCGAUGAUGUUCUGUGGAUCAAGAAGACAGGCACAGGUGGAGGGCGUGAUGGAGGUCUCUGCUUCACAUUUAACCUCAUUACAGAAAGUGUCUGCAAAGAAGGUUGGAUAUUCUGCAGGUGCAUGCACAUCUGUGUCACAAGAAGUCACAUGUCUGCACUUUGGGUGAUGAGGGGGAUACUGCCUGGCUCUGCACCAACAUUUGAUGGAGUUUGAGUGUGGCAUGCUGAAUAUGUUCCACGUGAAUAUUGUGGCGUCAUAGAUGGGCUGCACAUCAAACUUUAAAAGUUCAAUUACAUUCUGAUGUCACUGUGAAAUGAAUGCAUAUUUAGCUUUUAUUUAGCUAAAGUGAGUAUUCCAGUAUUCUAUUUAUGGGUGUUACCCACAUUUUGGUAUCUGUACAGCAUUCUCACUUUAAGUGAUACACUCAAUUCUCAGUGAUGGUGAACUUUCACAGAAAGCUUUAAGUGAGAACCCACCUGUAAUCUUAUUUUUCGACUAUCAGGGUCUGUUGGCUUGAUAGAUGUUGCAAAAAGUUUGUGUUCAUGUCAGUUAGAGUGGAUUAUCUCGGAUUAAUUUCAUCGAAACUCUUGUUAAUGAUGCUGCAAGUGUGUUUUGUGAAGGUUCAAAGAAUGUUUAUGAAAUAACUCAAGCCGUAAGAGAGGAAACUGCAAGCUUUUUACAUCUUACUGCUACACCUUUUUGUUUGUGUUUUCAUUUUGAGUAGAUCCCUUUUAAUAUGUUCUGCAAUGUGUUCUGAUAUUCACUCACGUGAUAUCAGAGAGCAAUACUUGCCUUUCAGACUUUAGUUGCAAAAUCCCAUGAGUGUUUGACGCGUCACCAAAAUGAACUCGUCAUAACUGUCAUCGUGGUCAGGAUGUGUGAUCUUUCAUCACAUGCCGUCCUUCCUCCCUGAAACCUGAGCCUUCCCUGUGAGCCUCACUUCUCACUGCAAGCUUUUUACAUCUUACUGCUACACCUUUUUCUUUGUGUUUGUUUACAUUUUGAGUAGAUCCCUUUUAAUAUGUUCUGCAAUGUAACUUCAAUUCCCCCAAAAUAAAAUUCCUACUCAUGUCCAAUAUAACUUUGGGUAUGUUUAAAAGAUGUAUGUGCAAGAAA